AUGAAUAUUACAAGUUGGAAUUGUAGAGGAGCUGGGUGUAAAGGUUUUGUCCCACUCAUAAAUGAUUCCAUACGAGAAAAUGACAUUGGUGUCUUAUGCUUGCUUGAAACACACAUUAGUGGCGUAAAAGCCCAAAAGGUUAUUCAAAGGAUUAAUCUAGAUAGCUCCUUUGUGGUUGAUGCGCAUGGUCAAGCCGGAGGGAUAUGGUGCUUAUGGGACUCAACGAGAUGGAAACUUGAGGUUGUAUCUAACUCUAACCAGUAUGUUCAUUUCUAUGUGAAAGGUCUAAUGGGAUCUUGGUUCAUGACUGUUGUAUAUGCCAAUCCUCAUUCUCAAUUUCGUAUCGAACUCUGGAGAGACUUGAUACGUUUGGCUUCAACAAUACAGGGUGCUUGGAGUGUAUUGGGUGACUUUAAUGCAACUCUAAAGGAUGAAGAACGACAUGGGGGAUCUCUUCACGCAAACUCUCGAGGUGACCUCGCAUUUAGACAUAUGGCUCGUGAUUGUAAUCUAAUUGAUAUAGGUUUCCAGGGUGCUCCAUUUACUUGGCAACGUGGUAAGGUGUAUGUUCGCUUAGAUCGUGUUCUAGUUAACAUUCAAUGGCAAUUAGAAUAUCCUGAUGCAAAUGUUUUUCACUUAAGCCCCUUGAAGUCUGAUCAUAGUAUGAUUCGUUUGAACCUCUCUUCUCCUCUACAAUCUGACUGCCGUCGCCGUCCAUUUCGGUUUGAGGCAGCAUGGAUCACACACCUGGAGUUCCAGUCCGUGCUUCGAAAUAGCUGGAAUGUUGCACCUGACUGGAAUAAAAAAAAAAUAUGA